CAUAGGAGAAUGCGAGCGACAGUCGAUACCUAUCUCUUCUUCCCAGUUGGAUACAUGACGUGACUUCUUACCACCAUGUCCUAUCGCCUUGUCCCGCUUCUCUUUGUUGCUUUGCGUGUAUCAGCUCUAUGGCCUCUCCCACAAAGCCUCUCAACAGGCUCUACACACCUCCGGCUCUCUCCUUCAUUUGACAUCGCGCUCUCGGGCAUCGACUCUCCACCUGCAGACCUCACUGAUGCGAUAUCGCGUACUAAACAGUAUCUGUACAACGAUAAGCUCCAGCGCCUGGUGGUAGGACGUGGGGCGAACGACGCCGGUGUCAUUGCUAGUGCUGCGAGUCUCGAGAGGCUCACACUUGUCUUCCAAGGAAGGGAAGUGGCGAGUAUCUCGAAGGAGGCGGUAGCGGAGCUGGGGACCCGCGUGGAGAGUUAUACUCUCGCUAUCCCUGCUGAUGGGUCAGACGCUACCGUCACUGCCAACUCGACACUGGGUUUGUUCAGAGGUCUGACGACGUUUAGCCAACUGUGGUAUGACUGGGAAGACACGGUGUAUACUCCCGAAGCACCGGUGGAUAUUGUCGAUGCUCCAGCUUAUCCGUACCGUGGAUUAAUGCUUGACACAGCAAGAAAUUUCUUCCCUGUCUCCGACCUCAAACGCACGCUAGAUGCCAUGAGUUGGGUCAAGAUGAGCACGUUUCAUUGGCACGUAACAGACAGCCAGAGUUUCCCUCUUCAAGUUGCGAAAUUCCCUGGCCUGUCCGCCAAAGGCGCCUACUCUUCUUCCAUGACUUACUCUACUGCUGAUAUUGAGGAUAUCGUCGCGUAUGCGGCUUCUCGCGGUAUCGACGUUUUGGUCGAGGUUGAUACUCCAGGGCAUUCGGGCAUUAUUGCAGAAGCGUAUCCUGAUCACAUUGCUUGUUCCGGGGCCACUCCGUGGCAGGACUACGCAGGUGAACCCCCCGCUGGACAGCUCCGCGUCGCGUCUAGUGAUACUGUGGAUUUCACGGCUUCCCUGGUUUCGGCGAUAUCGUCCAUGUUCCCUAGCAAGUAUUUCUCGACUGGGGGGGAUGAGAUCAAUUUCAAUUGUUAUGACCAGGAUGAUGUGACUCAAGCGGAUCUGGCGGCGAGAGGGAUCACGAUUACGCAGGCUUUGGAUUUUUUUACUGAGGCUACUCAUGGUGCUCUGCGUGUGGCGGGGAAGACGCCGGUUGUGUGGGAGGAGAUGUUGCUUGAUUAUAAUAUUACGACUCUUGGGAACGACACGGUUGUGAUGGUGUGGCUCUCGUCUGAGCAUGCUGCAGCUGUUGCGGAAAGAGGGUUCAAGUUCGUUCAUGCGGCGUCGGAUUACUUUUAUCUUGAUUGUGGUGCUGGGGAGAUGCUCGGGAAUACUGUGGAUCAGAAUAGUUGGUGUGAUCCGUUCAAGACGUGGCAAAAGGCAUACUCAUUCGACCCCACAGCGAACCUGACGGAGAAGCAAAGCCGGUUAGUGCUGGGUGGCCAGCAGCUCCUUUGGACGGAGCAGUCUUCUCCAUCGAAUCUGGAUCCGAUCGUGUGGCCUAGGGCUGCUGCUUCGGCGGAGGUGUUUUGGAGUGGAGGGGGAGGGAAUGGGACUGAGGCACUUGCGAGGCUUCAUGAUGUUGGGUUCCGGUUUAGGCAGAGGGGUGUUUGGGCGAUUGUUCUCCAGCCGUUAUGGUGUGCUCUGAGGCCUGGUCUUUGUGAUGCUUAGGAUUCCUUUUUUUGAUGCCUAGGACAGGUGUUUGGUUACAGCCGUUUGUACUGCUGGCGUAAGACUUCGUUGUCUAUUUUCUAUUAGUGCACACUGCGCUUCAAUAAUCGUAGCGGUAGGAAGAUGACGAAUAAGAUGUUCCUUAUGGUCGCUACUAUAGUCGACGUCGUUGAGGAUGAAAGCCUCUGGGCUGACGGUGGACGUGGCGAGAACUUUGGCGUAGAACUCAAAACUCCAGCGUACAAGCACUUCCAAGCAACGACAUCGGGAGGAAUGUCGGUAUGCUCGCCAAUGAAGAAACACGCAUACAAACAAGACUGGAG